AUGCACGCCGCGCGCACGCUCAUCCUCUGCUUCGACGGCACCGGCGACCAGUUCGACGACGACAACUCGAACGUCGUCCAGCUCGUCUCCAUGCUCAAGAAGCACGACCCUGAUGAGCAGAUGGUCUAUUACCAGACCGGAAUAGGCACGUACACCGGCCCCGGCGCGACCGUCAACUCCUUCACGCGCACGUUCUGGAAGCUUGCCGACCAGGCCGUCGCCUGGAGCCUCAGCUACCACGUCCAAGGCGGGUACGAGUUUCUGAUGAGCCACUACCGCGCCGGAGACAAGAUAUGCAUAUUCGGCUUCUCGCGGGGCGCCUACACUGCGCGCGCCCUCGCCGGCAUGCUGCACAAAGUCGGCCUGCUGCCGCCGGGGAACCGCCAGACGGUCCCGUUCGCAUACAAGAUGUUCAGGCGCGAGGACGACCGCGGCUGGGCGCAGAGCACCGCGUUCAAGAAGGCCUUCUGCAUCGACGUCGACAUCGAGUUCCUCGGGGUGUGGGACACGGUUGCCUCAGUCGGCCUCAUCCCGCGGCACCUCCCCUUCACGACGAACAACACGUCCAUCAAGACCUUCCGCCAGGCCGUCUCGCUCGACGAGCACCGCGCCAAGUUCAAGGUCAACCACUGGCACCGCCACUCGCCCGAGCAAGAAAAGCUCGGCACGCAGCCCGGCGACAUGCCGCGCUCCUCCCGGCGCGCCGCCCAUCCCGAUCAACACGACAACGGCGAUGGGAAACACACUGACAAGGGCAAGCACACCCAGAAGAAGACGAAGGGCAGGGGCUGGACGAAGACCGACGUCCUCGAAGUGUGGUUCGCGGGCUGCCACGCCGACGUCGGCGGCGGCUCCGUGCGAAACGACACGCCGCACAGCCUCUCGCGCAUCCCGCUGCGCUGGAUGGUGCGCCAAUGCUUCCUCGCGCGCACGGGCAUCCUCUUCCACGGCCGCGCGCUGCGCGCCUUCGGGGUGGACCCCGCCGCCUUAUACCCGACCGUCCAGCCGCGCCCGCCCGCGCUGGGGUUACGAGAUAAUACGGUGCUGUGUGAGCACCUGAGUAAGGUAGCGGCGGAGGGGAAGUGCGCGGACUCGAUUCCGGGGAGCAAGGAUAUCGAGUUUGGGAAGGUGGGGAAGAUGGCGAGCGAGGAGGAGGAGGAUCUGGCGGAUGCGCUGUGCCCGCUGUAUGAUGAGCUGACGAUUGCGAAGUGGUGGUGGAUACUCGAGAUUCUGCCCCUUAGGGUGAGGCAGCAGGCGGAGAACGCGAGUUGGUUUUCGUGUUGGACGAUACAUCUCGGGAGGCCACGGGAGCUGCCGAAGCACCAUCUGCGCGCAGGGGUGAAGGUGCACCGGACGGUGAAGACGCGCAUGGAGGCGGCGAAGAUGCUCAAGGGCGCGCAUUAUAAUCCGAGGGUGGUGUUUGAUGGGGACCCCACCUGGGUUGAUUGAUGGAAAAC